GAGACAGCUGACUGCGAGAAGCUCAGGGACCUGAGAGUGCCAUGGACUUUCUGCAGAGACAUCUCCCCCGGGUCUACCAGGCCGUGCAGAGUGCGCUGGUCUAUCUGACCAAUGUUACUGCACAGGUCUUUGGGGCUCCUCCAAAUGCACCGCAGCCCAGGAAUGCCAAGGCUCAUGUGCCAAUCAAGACCCCUCUUCAGUCGGCAACACCACAAGAAACCUCUGGCGCACAGGUGACGGACCAGACGACCUCCCCUCCACACAUCUGUUCAGAUGACAGCAUCGUGGGGGCGACAGGGCAGAAUGGGGAGAAACUUGGGAUCCCGCUGGGUAAUGCUGAGAAUCAAAGACAGGAGACAGCUGUCCGACACCAGAAGGGUUGUUCUGGGGGGAGACUCGAUCUGGAGCAUAAAAUCAGCGAGGACAAAUAUAUGCUCAGUGAUCUCCAUGCUACAAUGGAACAGCACGAAGACCUAGAAAACACAGCUCACAGCUAUAAGGAAGAAGUAAUGGAUGACCUAAAGCAAAUGGAAUCAGAAGACAUAAAACACUCAUCACAAAGGGUCACAAGUCCCACUCACCAUGCAGAAGGGUAUCCACUAUUCAAUCUAGAUAUAAAUAAGGAAAAUCAAGGCUCUUUGACCUAUCAAGAACACAUAAUCUUCCAGCAUGAGAAAAACCAUGAAGACAGUGAACAUAUGGCAGAUCCAUAUUCCAACAGCACUCAAGAAAUAGAAAAUAUAUGUCCUCAGCCGAAUGCUUUGAAUGUCCUUACAGGUGAAGUUGACAAAGAGCAGUCUGUUACAUAUGAAGAGAGGUCAGAAGAACGAGAAGAAGCCAUAAGUCAUAUGAAUGUCACAUCACAAAGCCAAGAAUUGGCUGAUGAUGGACAGGUCUCUGAGUUAUCAAUGGACAUAAAUGCUUCUCCAGUCACAGUGGAUUAUGAUAAUGAGUUAAAUGUGUCUGACAUCAAUUAUCCUGAGCAACAUAAGAAGUUGGUUACACCAGCAAAUGAAGCAGACGCCUCUCCUUAUGAAGCAAGGAAGACCUGGGAAGAUCUACAGGAGACAGCGAUUCGUCUGGCUCUUCAGUGCGAUUUAGUUGAAAAGGACAGCCAAGAAUGUGAAAAGCUUGAAUAUGUUACAGAAAUGACAGAAUCCGUCCAUGUGGGUCAACUGCAUUUAAAUUUGACAAAUGAUCAAGGAUACUCCAGAGAAGAUCUAGUGAAUAUGUCAUUGUUGCAGGACCUACGAGAAGUGAAAGGACCUGGCAUAGAAGAAGGACCCAUGACAGAACAAUUUUUAUUAUCUGAGCAUAGGUCAUCUGGAGAGCAUUGCUCUGGGCAGGAGCACCUGGAUCUGCUGAUGGAAGAUGAACAGAUGCAAACGAAACCAUCCACUGAAGAACAAGCACAUGAGGAGAGCAAUUUUCCGAUAAAUGGAGCAGAGGGAAAUAUACAGUGUACUAAACAAGAGAGUUCUCCCAAUUUUUCAAAAAUUGAAAAAACAAAGAGAAGAGUGCAUUUCUCUCCAAGUACAGAGAAUUUAAUAAAAAAGUUAGAUUAUCCAUCAACAGACACAGCUUUGUUAAAAGCUGACUAUAAGCUAGAGGGGGCUUUGCAACAAACCAAUGAAUACAUUGGACACCAAACAAUCUCGCAUUCAAUCAUAGAUUCAAGCCAGUCACUGAACAAGAAAGGAGAUGAUGACUAUCUUGAAGACAACAAUUGCAUCCAAGAUAAUGAACCAUCGAUAUGUGAUCCAAUGAGUGCAGAAAGAGAGAAUCCGUUGCAGAUAGUCAGCACGGUGUGGUAUGAUGAAGCUGAAGUUAAAACAGAAGGAGAUGACGGACUGUGUGAAUCCCUUGUAGACAUUGUCUACCAGAAUGAGUUUGUGAAUUGCCAAGUUGAGGAGACAUUCAUGUCAGUAACUGAAAGGUCACUGGAAAGUCAUUCAUAUGAUCUUUCUUCUUGUGAGGAAACAAAUGAAAAUAAAAACGAGCCAGCCAAUAACACAGAUGCCUCUAUAAGGGAUUUUGGGGUAACAGAACUCUCUGUGGAAAAUGUAAAUAAAUCAUGUAAUUUCCCUGCAGAAAUUAGUCAUUCGGAAGACGUUUUUCUAUUGGCAUCACAUCAAACAGCAGAUGCUUGGAUUUCAAAUGAAUCAGAUUACUCAUUAGAGAAAGAGAACAGUAAUUCAGAUCACUAUGGCCUGGAAGUGUCAGAUUUUUCAGAUUAUAGCACCAGUAUAAAUAUAGAAGAUAUGGGUCUUUCAAUUGACAAUACAGAAAUAAAGGUGGAUUAUUCACCACUAGAAGCUAUGACAGAACCACUGAUACAGAAGGUCCAUAAAGAAGAUACCCACGCUGAGGGUAUCGUUAUUAACGAGGAGCUGCUGAGAACUUGCAAUGACUUAUCUCAGGAGGACUGUGGAUCAUUUGGGGAAAAUAAAGAUAUAGAUGGAUCAGCAACAGCUCAGUUAAGGUCAUAUGGAAAUGUAGAUAAUUUUCAGACUGAACCAUAUGGCGCAGGAGAAAGUCCACUUGGAAUGUUUUCAUCAGAAGCAGAAGAAGAUCUCCUGAAGUCUCUUCAAGAGGAUGACAAAUUCAAAAAUUUUCAAUUUCAUGAAAAUGGGUCACUGGGACAGCAAGUGUCCCUAGAUAGCAAUGACAACCAUGAAGAAUCUCAUCAAAGAAUUUAUGAGUCGCUAAAAGAGCCAUCAACCGAGGAGACAGAUACAUCAAUCAUUGAGAAAGCAGAAGACCUAGCAUCAGAAGAAAUCAGUGAAGACUUAAGUGAAUUCAAUGUUCCAGCUGUGAGUGAUUCUGAGAUGGUAACCUACACCUGUGAAGGGGAGGAACAGUUACAUUAUUUACCAGAAGACACGAAUGGAAACCAAAAUCUUUUCAGUUGCCAUGAAGAGAAUUUAAAACCAGAGACCAGCAUAUCACAUGAAGAUGGAAGAGAAAUAGAGAAUGGACACUUAGAAGAACGAUCUGUUAUUGCAACAGAGGCAUCCCAGGAAGUUGAGCACCAGGACUUUUUAGAAGAUUACAAAGCUAACUAUCAGAAUGAUACUCAAGAUACUUGCAAUAAGGACAAUAAAGACCAUUCAGAAAUAUGUGAGGAAUCACUUGGAGAAUUAGACCAAUUAUCCUACAAAGAGUCUGAAAUAGAAGACCUCUCUAUGGAUGAUCAAGUGGUUGAUCAUCAGAUAGACGUAUAUCACACAGACAUAGAUAAGAAAGUUGACGACUCCGAUGGAGAGAAUUUAAAACCAGAGACCAGCAUAUCACAUGAAGAUGGAAGAGAAAUAGAGAAUGGACACUUAGAAGAACGAUCUGUUAUUGCAACAGAGGCAUCCCAGGAAGUUGAGCAAAAGGACUUUUUAGAAGAUUACAAAGCUAACUAUCAGAAUGAUACUCAAGAUACUUGCAAUAAGGACAAUAAAGACCAUUCAGAAAUAUGUGAGGAAUCACUUGGAGAAUUAGACCAAUUAUCCUACAAAGAGUCUGAAAUAGAAGACCUCUCUAUGGAUGAUCAAGUGGUUGAUCAUCAGAUAGACGUAUAUCACACAGACAUAGAUAAGAAAGUUGACGACUCCGAUGGAGACCUGUCAGCUAAAGUCAAAGAGAUGGAAAUUGUAUCAGGGGAUGAAUCUAUUAGCACAAGUCGUACUUGUGAUCCACAAGCUGCUACAGGAUCAGACAGUGGAUCAGAAGUAUUCGGUAGAUCUCAAGAUGUGCAAUUAAAUAACUCAGAGCAGAGCGCAACUAAAAUAAUGGGGGAACUAGAUGUUGGAUCAGAACAUCAGAGCAAGCAAGAUACAAAGUCAGGAGGAAGUCAUCAUGAGGUUACUAAUUUGGAUGUUUCAUUUAUUACAAAAGUCGAUUUAGAAAAUGUCCCGGGAGCUGCACUGGGUUCAGAUAUUGAGACUGAUGAAGUCUCUGAAUGCGAGGUACCAUUAGAUUUGUUGUCAGAAAUUCAGUGUGUGCCUAUCUCAGAUCACACUGUAUGCAAGGACCCCUCAAUGAUUAAAAAUUUGGAUCCCCCAGGAGAAAAUCAAUUAGCUGUUACUCUAGAUGUGCCAUUGGGUGGAUACUCUGAAGACCAACAUGCAGGUAUCACCAAUGAGGUGGAUAUUGCCUCUGAAUCUGGAUUUCUUGCUAAAGGCCAUACUGAAAACAUUGAAGAUAUAUUGGGAAAUGCGUCAGAUACAAAUUCUAUAGCCGUAGAAAUCUCUGAAUCACUGGGGGUACUUGAUCUGUUAUCAGAAACUGAGUCUUUGACUACAACAAGUCAUCCAGCAAUUAACCUAGAUGAGCUAGGUGAAGGAGUAAAAGAUGAAAUAGACAUAUUAGAAGGGACUGAUCCCUGUCACAAAACUGUUCAUUCCACAGAAGCAGAUGGAGCAGAUCUCUUGCUAGAGAUAGCCAUAGCAGGUGAACUGGUGGACACUGAGGAGAAUGCUCAGGCUGUCUCUCAUUUAGAGGAACUUGGAUCUAGCCUUGAGCCCCAUGAAGAAUAUGAGGAUAAAGUCAAACAACAUGAUUCUUCAUCUACGACUGUGAUGACUGAGACUCCCGUAGAGGAAGAUAACAUUGAGUUAGGUGUCAUUAGUUCCUCCAAAGAGAAGGAGAUUGUUAUAAAAGAUCAUUUUGGAUCAGAGGACACAGAGCAGUCAGAAAUCAAAUCCUUUACAGAAUUUGAUCUUUUAUCAGAAAUCCAAACUGUGAUUACAACAAGUUAUCCAGCAGAAGUUGCAAGAAGUGUGCAACCUGAGUCCGAUGAAAUAAUGGAAGCUGAAGUGGACAUAUUAAAAAGGGCGGAACCCUAUCAGACAAUGGUUCAUUCUUCAAAUGGCGAUAAAGAUAAUAUCUUAUCAGUGGUUACCAUGUCAGAUGUCCCUAUGGACGCUGGGGAGACUGCUCAGGCAAUGUCUCAUUCAGAGGAACUUGGAUCCAGUCUUGGGCUUCAUCAAGAAUUUGAGGACAAAGUACAACAUGACUCUUCAUCUGCAAAUGUGGUCACUGAAACUUAUGUUGAGGAAUCCAACUUUGGUUUGGGUACCAUCAACACCAUAAAAGACAUUGCAAUUGUUAUUACAACAAAUUUAUUUGAGUCAGAGAAUAAAGAACAAUCAGAGAUUAAAUUAUUACCAGAAGUGGAUGAUAUCCGUCCAGAGAUGAAAGAGAAAGCGGAGCAGCAGGAAUCCACUAGUCACAAAACCUUUCUCAUACACUCAGAUCAAACUGAGCAAGGAAUCACUGGACCUAGCAUGAGAGAGGAGCAUCUGCAAAUGAUACAGCCAUCAUCUCAUACAGAGAUCAGCGAAGAUCAAGAGAGACCUCUAGUGGCUCAGAAGGAAAUUAUAGAUGAUCCAGCUAUGCAAGAAGAGGAUGAUAUGGAUGGAGAUAUGCUCCCUCACAAUAUGCUGGAUGUAAGCGCACAGAGGAGCCGAGUGCAGCUGAGAAGAAAGACCUCCAUUCGCCGGCGGCAGGGACAGCCCCAGGUUGUGCCUGAGCUUGAGCCGGCCGUGCCACCAAGGCCAAGCUUCAGACCGCUCUCAAUGGGAGUGUCGAUGUUUCCUCCAGGGGCAUUGCCAAUAUUUUCACCGACUCCAACCAAGACGCCACAUGCUACAGAGGAACAUGUGGAAGAGAAGCCGGCUACUGAGGACCUCACUGUGAAGCCAAAGAAAGUGAUACCAAAGCAUGCUGGUUUCGGGAUGCCGAGUCCCCAGAUGAUGCAGGAGUUACAGGCACGUCUCAAGAAGAAGAAACCAAAGGAGUGAGCGGAGGGGAGGACGCUGGAUCCAGAGUGUGAAUGGGGAAUGUUUGUGUAAAUAAGAAAUAAUAAAGAUUGACUGUAUAAAUGA